UUCAUUUUAUCUUUCUCAUUUGACCCUGCCUUGUCCUCUCUUCCUUUUUUACAGUUUGCCUUGCAAUCUCCCCACGAUAUCUCCCCUUCUACCUUGCUCCUUUGCUUCUGCUUCUGCUCCAUUUCUUCUGGUCUUAAGGUUUGCUGGCACCCACACGGGAGGAAGAACCGCAGACAGGGUCGACAAGCAGAAGUGUGUCCUUGGCAAGUCUGACGGGUGUUUCUGAUCAUGAACCCCUGUGACUAAUGUGGGUCUGUGAUCCUUCUGAGAAUUGGACGGAAGCUGUGGAUCUUCUCCCCGCAAAAAGUGCUAAUACAUAGUAAAGAAAAAAAACAACUGUUCUGUUACCAUGGUGCUCUCAGAUGAAAAAAACUCGGAGCUGCUGGCUGUCUCUAGUGUUCCUGGGAAGCUCUGGAAAGUACCAUGUGCUCCAGAAAAUGGGAAUGGUGUUCGGCUCUGGAACUACUACUGCUGCCUUUCCUAGUGACUGGCAUUCCAGAUCAUUCAGAGAAGAUCACCAGUGUCUCUGGCAACAAUGUGACUCUGCAAAGCUCCAAGAAGCUGCUUGGUAACUACACACACAGCACCUGGUUUUACACUACCAAUCAGAAGAUUGUGGAAUGGGACUCAAGCGAUGUGAACUACUUCAACACUAGAUUCAAACACAGGGUCAGACUUGAUCCUCGAAGUACUGCACUGCACAUCUACAACGUCCAGAAAGAGGACAGUAGUACUUACCUCUUGAGAGUAUCAAAUGAGGGCGGAUCUGAAUAUGAGAUCAACAUAAUCUUAGAGGUGUUUGAUCCUGUACCCGAGUUUCUUAUAGAAUUGAAGGAGGUCAAGAAAGUGGGUGAUAACUGUUACCUGAAUCUAUCCUGUGAAAUACAAAAUCAGUCUGUUGACUACGUCUGGUAUACAGACUCGGGCAUCUUUCCAAAUGGGCACAAGAGAAGUGUGCUUGAAGUUAAUCUUACGUCAUCACACAAGCAGUCCACAUUUUACACCUGCCAAGUCAGCAAUCCUGUCAGCAGCCAGAACGAUACAGUCUACUUCCGUCCUCCCUGUACUCUGGUACAGGUGGUGAGUGGGAUGGAGAAACAAGGAGAGGACGUGGCCCUUCCAUCAUUCAAGCCAGCUGUGCAUAGCAGUAUAGAGUCCUCUGGGUCUGUACCUGACACUCUGCCCUCUCUCAUUGCUGUCCUGUGCAUGGCACUGAUUCUUUCCAGGCUUGGAGAUAUGUCAAGUCCGAUCCUCUGGAGUGAUGAAUAUCAUAAAUUGGUUAGUGACCUUGAUACCCAUCAUUCCCGUGCUCCUACUCACCUGAAAUGACUCUUCCAACUCAAGAAGGAAACUUCCAGGCCAGAUGAUCGUGCCUUCAUCAGCAACCGCAACCUCAGCCAGGCCAGAGGCUUCAGCUGUAUGUGAUAAGAACAAGUAUGUUAUGGAAGCACUUAUGAAGCUUUUCAGUUAACUUUUGAAAAACAGUGGUUAAUGAUUCAUUUUAUAAUCUGGUGCUCCAUAAACUUAUUCAUAACUUGACUGCAUUAAGAGACUCCUGGAGAGGUGAUUGGAUCAUGGGGACCUUACACUCAUUGGUGGACCACGCCAUGCUAUUCAUGGCUGAAUGUAUUGCUAGGAGUUGGGGUCCCACUGGAGGUGCACCCCUGGGGGCGUGCCUGCUGCUCUUUCCCUGUGCUCUGAUUCCUGGACACCAUGAAGUGACAAAUUUUUUCCUCCACUAUACUCCUCUGUCAUGAAAUUUCUGCCUUGGAGCCAGCUGACUGUGGAUGAACCCUGAUCCUGAGAAAGUAUGAUUCCAAAUAAACUUCUGCUCUUUUAA